GUGGGGCUAUGCGCAGUGCCUUCUGGGAUUUGUAGUCCACGUCUGGCUCCGAAGGGGCGCGGCAGGGAGUCGUGACCUGAGCACUGUUUUGCGUGGGCUGUUGGUGGGAUCGGAUUCUGACCCAAGGGAGGGAGGAUAACCCAGAAAUACCUCAGGGGCCUAACGUGAAAGUCAUAGGAUGCGGGUCAGGGGUCAGUACGUUUUUCUGUAUUGGAGUAAUAGAGUUUUUUAAGCCGUUUCUGAGCGAAGACAGAAACUGCGACGCUAUGUACAGCAGCUCAUCCAAUCAUGACAAAAUCUCCCAUGAGCUCCAUUAGACAGUUAAGGAAACCGGGAGGAGAGGCUGAGUCUUUGCUCAGAUUUCCACUGGGCAUCAUGCCUCAACUCUUUCUCCUCACCUCCCUGGAGCCGCCCCUGGGACUUAUAUGGGCAAGGCCCACUUGGUGGGCUGUCUCAAAGGAGAACUGGGUGAUGGGAGGCCCGACUGCUGCAGGGGAAGCAGGAAGAAGUGUGUGGGUCAGAGGUCCCGGAUGCCCGAGCCUGCCUUCAUCCAGCCUCUCUCCACAGAUGGAAGUGUUUCAGGCCCUGCAGCGGCUGCACAUGACCAUAUUCUCCCAGAGCGUCUCACCCUGUGGGAAGUUCCUGGCUGCUGGCAACAAUUAUGGACAGAUAGCUAUCUUUAGCUUAUCUGCUGCUUUGAGCUCCGAGGCCAAAGAGGAAAGUAAGAAGCCCAUGGUGACCUUCCAUGCCCAUGAUGGGCCCGUCUACAGCAUGGUCUCCACUGAUCGACAUCUGCUGAGUGCUGGUGAUGGGGAGGUGAAGGCCUGGCUUUGGGCGGAGAUCCUUAAGAAGGGCUGUAAGGAGCUGUGGCGUCAUCAGCCCCCAUACAGGACCAGCCUGGAAGUACCUGAGAUCAAUGCUCUGCUUCUCGUGCCCAAGGAGAAUUUGCUCAUCCUGGCGGGGGGAGACUGUCAGCUGCAUGCAAUGGACCUUGAGACAGGGACCUUCAUGUGGGCCCUUCGGGGCCACACGGACUACAUCCACUGCUUGGCACUGCGGGAGCGGAGCCCUGAGGUGCUGUCGGGUGGCGAGGAUGGGGCCGUGCGGCUUUGGGACCUGCGCACAGCCAAGGAGGUCCAGACAAUCGAGGUCUAUAAGCACGAGGAGUGCUCGAGGCCCCACAAUGGGCGCUGGAUCGGAUGUUUGGCAACUGACUCGGACUGGAUGGUCUGCGGAGGAGGCCCAGCACUCACCCUCUGGCACCUCCGAUCCUCCACACCCACCACCGUCUUCCCCAUGCGGGUGCCACAGAAGCACGUCACCUUCUACCAGGACCUGAUUCUAUCAGCUGGACAGGGCCGCUGUGUCAACCAGUGGCAGCUGAGUGGGGAGCUCAAGGCCCAAGUGCCUGGCUCCUCCCCGGGACUGUUAAGCCUCAGCCUCAACCAGCAACCAGCAGCCCCUGAGUGCAAGGUCCUGACAGCAGCGGGCAACAGCUGCAGGGUGGAUGUCUUCACUAAUCUGGGCUACCGAGCUUUUUCUCUGUCCUUCUGACCUCCAACAGUGUCUCCACCUCCAUCUGAGGGGUUCACAGUGUUUUCUUCUUUUUUUAUACAAAUAAAAUUACUGUUUUGUUUU